GUGUACUUUACUAAAUUGCCUAUGCUACCGUAGAGAUGAUUACUUUGAGUUGCUAUAAGAAGCUAGGGCUAGUAAAUAGUGUUCCGAACUAUUGAAAAAGAUGAAAUCUUUGACUAGUGGGGAAGAAAGUUGUGGAAAGGGAACGCACUUUGUCAGGAGAAGAGAGAUGGUUCACCACAAUGAAGCAUGUGAAAUGUGUACCCGCACGUGCAUGUUGAUACAUGGACAAAGGGAUCCCUCACCAAUUGUUAACUCUUUCUUCAAAGUCAUGAUCGAUAAACUCUUUUCCAAAAUUCUGUACUUUCCCCCCAGAUUUGCUCGAUUGGUGUCUCACUUGACUGAUCAAGAAACUUAUCUGGAGGACUCAAGUGGACAGCAAUGGAGGGUGGGAAUAUGUAAUCAUAAUGGUUCUCUUGCAAUUCGACAAGGAUGGCGUACCUUUUCAUCAGAGCAUGGUCUAAAAGUGGGAGACUUUUUGGUUUUCCACUAUAUUCAGGGUCAGCACUUCGUUGUUCAAAUAUAUGGAACAAGUGGUUGUCAGAAGAUCAACUCUUAUAAUGGCACUCAUUUGGGGAAGAAAAGACCGAGAACUAAUUCUACAGAAACUUCCCAUGAUGAGCUGUCUCCUGAAACUGACAUAAAUUUAAGGAAAAAAUGGAAUUCAACACCCUCAGUUACUGCUAUACCAGAGUCUGAAAGGGCUGGACACCAGCCAGUGACCACAACUUUUGCAUCAAACAUCGAUGCCGAAACUGGAGAGCAACAAAUAGUUCCCCAAGAAGAAGGAACCAGUGAUGUUCUACAAGGUGAAAACAGACCUCAUAAUCACACCGAUAUAAUAUCACAAAGGGAAUCAAGUUCAGUAGAUGUGGUCCCUUUGGAGAUGGAGCUCUUAACCUUGAAAGCACCUUUCCUUGACGUAAAAAUCACUCAGACUGAAAAAAUUUCUGGACCAGUGAACGAUAUUUCACUUUUGGGCCAAACAGAUGAAAAUGACCAUCAUGUGGGUCUUAUCUCUAGCACAUCUCUGAUAUCAGCUGAAAAUGGUACCAGUGCGAAGGAAACAAGAGUAGAUAAGCUAGAACUGAAGGAGAUGGAAGCAAACACUCGUUGCCCUUCUAAAAAUUUGAAUGGGAAAGAACCAAAAAUAACAGAGAAAGAUGGUCAAGUUUAUCCUGAUGCUGUCAUUGGUAAUAACAUGGUUAUAAAAAGCGAGCCUGCAGAUUCAGGAGACACAUCAUUUCCUGAUGCUGGUAACUUCUCAUGUUCACUCCGGGUGGAUGGUCGAAAUUUUCUGGAAUUACCUCAAAGCUGGCCACAAGUUAUUGUGGGCAGAAGGAAGAUGGGAAAGAUUAUUAUUUAUCUCAAAGGACCAGAUAAUAGAUGCUGGCCUAUCAUCUAUCAUGAGAAUUUCGGUUCUAAGAUCUUGGCAGGAAACUGGGCAUUAUUUGCUGCAGUUUAUGGCCUGAAACCUGGAGAUGAAUGUCUAUUCCAACUUUCAAAUCAGUCAAAACGUAUGUUUACUGUACACGUAGCUCACAAGGUAGAUGUCACUCAAACUACUUUGAGUUGAUUAUUGUCAGGCAUUUGUGAGAAUAAUGUAAAGGGAGCUAUGUCGAGAUUUUACUUGAUGGUUCUUAUAAAGGUCACUUGAUUUAACCAAAUCUGUAGUCAGAUAUUGGGUUUAUUCAUCCUGUGCUUGAUCUGUGAAUGCUAUGUUGAUACUUCCAUUUAGCAGCAUCACACAUUGAAGCAAAUAAAGGUCUCAAAGUUGCAGAUAUGACAUGCACCCUUUUCUCUUUUCUUAGAAGCACAUCAGCUGAACCCGUGCCGCGGAGGUUAGAGCUGUCUAUGCACCACUUGCAGGUGCCAACACAUUUAUAUUUAGUAUCACAGAGCUACUAGUAAGAUAGACAAAAGGGUUUGUCCUGGAUUUGUUUAUCCUUUCAGUUUUCGAGGCUUGACAAAACAGAAAGUACCAUAGUACGUCGUCACAUUUGACUUCAAUACUAUUGGCCAAUUAUAUGAAAUCAAUUUGACUUCCAUGGAAGUCAGACACAAUGGGAGUUUGCAUGUCUCGAUAAGAAAGAUAUCAUUGUACUAUUAGUAGAAGAAUUACCGUUUAUGGAACUUCACUAGAUUUUAUUUUAUUGAAUGAUAGUUAUUG